GCCAUAGUGUUGGAUUCUUGUGUGAUGCUUGCUUGAUCAACCAACCAUCCGGAUAACGUAUCCGGCGUUUUUGGCCAAAGGUCACUAGACCAACAUGCUGCGAUUCCAAGACUGCCAUGCCGGGAGCUGUACCUUUCGGAGCAAGGCCAGCGUCAAGAAGGCCACGUCGAACGCAAGUACCGAUGCGGUGCAGGUCGAGUUUGAGUCGGCGUCGACCCAGACCGCAGUCGCGGUGGACAACGGCAGCCAGACCGAGUACAUCUCCCGGGACUGCUCGACCACCCACCCGCCGGACGAAGUGUCGUCCGCCGUGCAAGCGUUCUUGAACAGUGCCGGCAACCGCAUGCUGCGGGAGAUGAAACACUCGAAUCAAUCGUCUGCCUUCCUCGACUUCGAACCCGAGCAAGACGCUGAUGACAAGCACGUGAGCAAGGUGUUUACUCUCACGUUUGACUUCUUCACACACUUCAAGCAGCCCAUCGAUGCCAAGAAACCCUCGGCGCGACUCAAGCUAGAGUGCACGGGGGUGUCGUGGAACGCGACGGGGUCCGUGCUCGCAGUGGCCUACGGACGCUUCGACCACAGCGGGUGGUGCAACUAUCGAUCGGUUUUGUGCCUCUGGAACCUCUUUAGCGCCGAUUUCAACGCCAACAAGCCCACGUUGGUGCUGGAAACUUCGAGUGGUCUCAUGUGUGUGGCGCACCACCCGACCAACCCGGCGAUGGUCGCAGCGGGGUCCUUCAAUGGAGAACUCAUGGUGUGGAACACCUCGUUAGAAGAACCCCUCGUCGCCACCUCGGGUAUUGGCGACUACUUUCACCGCGAACCCAUCACUAAGCUGGCAUGGGUAUACGACACACCCAGUCGAGAAUACCACAUUGCCAGUGUAAGUGGCGAUGGCAAGGUGUUGCUGUGGCAACUUAAAGACAAACUGUCGUAUCCGGUGGAAGGAUUCUUACUCAAUGCGUCAAAAUGUUCGUCCAAAACCCAGUCAGCAUCGGUCGUGGUGAGGGGGGGUAUCGCGUUGGCAUUUCGCCCCAAUGAUCGCACGAACCGCAGCUUCAUUGCUGGGUCGGAAGGUGGGGCUGUGACACGGUGCUUCUCAUCGCAGACCAAAGGCGCGUCGUUCAAAGGCGAGCUCAAGUGGUCCACCAACGCCCAGCGCCUCGUGGGGGCUUCCCCCCAGUCGGCCGACGUCCGCCGCCAUGUCGAAGCCCACGCUAAGGACAAGAAACUGAGGGAGAUCCGCGUGGCCAGUGUCUUCGACGCCAAGCCAGACGUGGGCGCCCUCUACCGAUCUGCUCUCGACUUCGCCUUUGAACCCCAUGGCGGCCCUGUGUAUGACAUCCAGUACUCGCCCUUCCACCCGAGCUUGUUUCUCACUGCGUCGUCGGAUGGCACCGUCCGGCUGUACAACUACCUCCAAAAAGCGCCUGUGGUGGCGUUCGAAGUGGGCACGCACUACCUGUACAGUGUCGCAUGGUCCAAGACUCGGCCGCUCGUGUUUUCUGUCGCAUCCGAAGACGGAAAUAUCUACGUAUUCGACCUCAAGGAGAACCAGCUGCAUCCGGUGGUGACGUUAGCCGUGGACUCCAAGCAGCAUCGGGCGGCGGUGUACACUUUGGACUUUAAUCCUCGGCAGCGCAACUUCCUCGCGUGCGGCGACAGCCACGGACUGGCGCAUGUGUGGAAACUCAACUGGCAGCUCUCAAAUGUCCACCCGACCGAGCUCGGACUUCUCAACGACCUCGCAGACCGCCGCGCCUUGUAAGACCUUUGACCCAGCAAAUAUAGAUGGAAUACUGGCUACAUACUAAUACUUAAUAUCAAUCAGUACGAACGCACCACGUGCUGCCACGUCACGGCC